AUGCAGCCUCCGCUCCCUGUGGAGGCCUUCGGGCCGCGCCGACGCGCGUCGCGCCGUCGGUUCUGCGAUAUCUGCGGCAUCGAGCAGGACCGCUCCACUGAUCACUGCGAGGACUGCGGCGUGUGCGUGGCCGGCUACGACCACCACUGUCCCUGGAUGGGGAAGUGCAUCGGCCGAGGCAACAUGCACGCCUUCAAGAUGUUCAACGUGUCGUGGGUGCUCUAUGUGUGCUUUGUCCUGGUCGUGGCCAUCACGAGUGUCGACUGGGGGCACGCUGCCGUUCAGACGCUGCAACGCACAGCGUCAGGGUCGUGGGCGCCGGUGCCACCACGAGGACCCUAG